AUGUCGAGUGAGCUCAGGAUUUGCGAAGGUGGCUCCGGAAUUUGGCUACCGCUCGGUGGUGACUGGGAGCGAGACUGGCCCACUGGCGUAAAGGUGGUGCUUUAUUUGCUUGGCCUGCUCUACUGUUUUCUGGGAGUGGCCAUCAUUGCUGACGUGUUCAUGGCCUCCAUCGAGAAAGUCACAUCAGUGAAGAAACAGAUCACGAACAAGGACACUGGCAAAAAGACCACCGUGAAGGUGUGGAAUGACACGGUGGCCAAUUUGACGCUCAUGGCUUUGGGUUCCAGUGCUCCGGAAAUCCUGUUAAGCAUCAUCGAGCUGGCAGGUGCGAACUUCUACUCCGGUUCCUUGGGUGCGUCUACAAUUGUUGGCAGCGCCGCUUUCAACCUCCUCGGCAUUACUGCUGUCUGCAUCGCAGCUCUCCCAGAUGGUGAGAUCAAGAUUAUCAAGGACCGGAAAGUGUUCGCCAUCACCGGAACGUUCUCCGUGUUUGCGUAUUUGUGGCUCCUCAUCAUCCUUAUGGUUUUCUCGCAGGACAUGGUUGAUCCCUGGGAAGGGGUCGUCACGUUUCUCUUCUUUCCUCUAUUGGUGAUCUUGUCGUACAUGGCGGACAUCGGCAUGUUCGGCAAGACCCGCGAGCCCUCGAGUCACAUCGUGUGGUCUGAGGCCACGCCCGAACAGCUGGCAGAACUCAUGAUGCAAGUGCGACGAGAUUUCGGUGAUAACUUGAGCCAGGAGCAGAUCCUGGCUGCUUUGCACUACGAGAGCCACAAGCGUCGGAGCCGAGCACAGUACCGCGUGGCCGCCGUGAGGGACAUCUCUGCAGGGAAAAAGGUGUUGGGUAUCAACGACAAGUUCCGAGAGCAACUGGAAGCAACAAGAACCCUGACCAGAAUGACCAACGACAACAAGCCGACUCGCACUGCUGCAUCUGGUGCUACCGUCGAGUUCGUGUCGUCACAGUAUUCUGUUCUUGAGAGCGUCGGUACUGCCAAGUUUGGUUUAGCCCGCACGGGCGAUUGCUCAGUUCCUGUAACAGUACUCUGGCGCACGCGCUGCGGCAGCGCCAAAGCUGGGAAAGACUUCAAGAUGCAGGAGGGCAACGUCCUUUUCGAAGAGGGGGACACUGAAAAGGUUGUCGAAGUUGAAAUCAUUGAUGAUGAUGACUACGAAGAUGAUCAGGAGUUCUACAUGGAGAUUUGCUCUGCUGUAGCAACCGGAAAUGUUGAAGCCCACAUCGGAGAGAAGAAGGAAGCGACUGUGGUUAUCGUCGAUGAUGACCUGCCGGGAAUUAUUGGUUUUGUUGCCGAGGAGAUCAAGGUGGAGGAGAGCCCGCAGACGCAACAAGUGGAGAUCAAGAUCCGACGCAAAAUGGGUGCCUCAGGAACCGUUACGUGCAAAUACAGAACCGAAGAUGCAUCUGCGAAAGCAGGGCCGGACUACACAAAGUUGGAGGGCGAGCUGGAGCUGAAGCCAGGACAGAUGGAAGCUUCCCUUUACGUCGACAUCAUGCCAAAGGGCCGCUACGAGUCGACGGAGAAGUUCAGGGUCAUCUUGGAAGAGCCGUCUGGAGGACUUCGCUUUGAUGUCAGCAGCGAUGGUGGCAGUGAGUCCUGCGUGUGCACUGUGUGGAUCCUUGCAGACGUCUCGCACAAGCCUUUCAUGGACAAGAUUGUCUCGUCCCUGUCGCCGAACUGGGAUGAGGUAGCACUAGGCAACACGGCUUGGUUGGGGCAAUUCCUUGAAGCAUUGUACUGCGGUGGUGACCGAGAAGAGCAAAGCAAGUCGUCUUGGUUCGAGUUUGUGCUUCACGUGAUGUCCCUGCCGUGGAAAGUUGUCUUCGCUCUCGUGCCGCCAACCGAAUACUGCGGUGGUUGGCUUUGCUUCUUCAUUGCGCUGGUAAUGAUUGGUUGCGUCACGAUUAUCAUUGGAGAUUUGGCCUCCCUGUUGGGCUGCUCGAUGAACAUCAACGACCUGCAGACCGCAAUCACACUAGUGGCCAUGGGCACUUCACUGCCAGACACCUUCGCAUCCAGAACGGCAGCCCGACAGGAUGAAUAUGCUGAUGCCAGCAUUGGAAACGUCACUGGGAGUAACUCCGUGAACGUCUUCCUUGGCAUUGGCCUCCCGUGGAUGAUUGGCGCCAUCUACUGGAACAUCCAGGGAGCUACUCCAGAAUGGCAAACUGCAUAUCCAGGGCUCGUGGACACGCAUCCCAACGGCGGAUUCUACGUGAGCUCUGAAGGUUUGGCCUUCAGCGUCGCGGUCUUUUCUUGCUGCGCGGUGGUGUGCUUUGGCGUUCUCAUCUUCCGUCGGUCCUACUUUGGCGGUGAACUGGGUGGACCCAAGCCGGCGCAGUACAUCUCGGGUGGCGUCUUGGUGCUGUUGUGGGCCAUCUACAUUGGCCUUUCAAUCUGGUUCAGCAGCUGA